CGAGUGCGCGUGACCCCGGCUCGGCCCCCGCCCGCCCCAGGAUGUACCGCAAGGCGCGGAGCGUCCCGCUGAAGAGCAGCAGCUCGGCGCUGUACAACAACCUGAGCGUGCUGCCCCUGCGCGACAAGCCGCUCACCUACUUCGCCGCCGUGCACGGCAGCACCGUCAGCCUGGCCAGCGCCGCGGCCGACGGGCUCAGCGUCUCCCACCGCCAGCUGCAGGCCAAGGAGGGCGGCCCGGCGGUCAGCGCCUCCAUCGUCACCCAGGCCUCCUGGUGUGUCCUGCCUUCUCGAGUUCUCCUGGUCCUGACCUCUCAAAAAGGCAUCCAGAUGUACGAGUCAGACGGCUCCAUCAUGGUUUAUUGGCAUGCCCUCGACGUCUUGGAACCACCGCCAGCCCAGGCAGUGUUUGCUCGAGGGAUCGCUGCCGCCAGUGGGCGCUUCAUCUGUGUGGGGACUUCGUCGGGACUGGUGCUGGUGUUUGAUGUCCCCAGCAAGGGAACAAACAUCACGCUGAGCGAGGUUCUGGAGGAGCAUCACGACUCCAUCACUGACAUCACCUCGGAGGUCGGUGAGAACCCGAAUGGGGCUGCUGACCUGGUGACUGCGGAUGACUCCGGGGCCCUGUGUGUCUGGAGAGCCAAGGAGGAGUUCUCCCUGCUCACCAAAAUCUCUGCCUUUGGGUGGACCUGCUCCUCGGUGAAGCUGUGGAACGGGGUCAUUGCUGCUGGCUAUGGGAAUGGGCAGAUCCGGCUGUACGAGGCCACGAGCGGGGCCCUGCGUGCCACGGUCAGCGCCCACGCUCGCUGGAUCUACGCCCUGGACCUGGCACCCCUGACAGGGAAGCUGCUGUCAGGUGCCGAGGAUUCCUAUGUUCAGAUCUGGAAACUCAGCCGGAGCCCAGACACCGGGGACAUUGAGAUCGAGCACUGCCAUUCGGAGUGCGUGACUGACACCCAGCUCUGCGGCGCCCGCUUCUGUGACCCCGAGGGAAACUCCUUCGCUGCGACCGGCUAUGACCUCAGCGAGAUCGUCCGCUAUGGCCAGGUCUAGGCUGCCCCACUGCGGGGCGGGGAGGUACCUGCAGGCACCGUGCUGCUGCAGCAUGUUCCAGCCCCCCUGCAAAUGGGCCACUGUGACUCAGGGACUCUGUGCAGACCCCUGGCUCCCGUUGCACAGGAGCUGGGGCCGCUGCAUGCAGCUGAGGAUGCCCCCCACCUGGGUGAACAGACACAGGGGAGCUGAGGUGGGGGGACAUGCACAAAGGUGUGGGGGUGGUGCUGCUUUAGCUAAAUAGAGCCCAGAUCUCUUCAAACUUCAGGGUCCCUUUGGCCAGACACCUGCCCACACCCCCUGGCUGCUCAUCUCCCCCCUCUCCUGCCUCCCAUGAUCUUUCUUCCCUGUGGGCAGGGCAGGCAGCUGACAUGUCCUGCCUGGGGCAGCUCUGUUGUGCUGAGCCCCUUGCCCAAGGCCCCUGCAGGCUGUGAUUCCCCUCUGCUCCUGUAUGGAGACCAGAGCCUGGAGAGGUGCAGAGCUGGGCCGGCCCUGAGUUGUGGGAUGGGGUAGAGUAACUGAGGAGCAAAUGAAUCCCUGCUCCUGGGGGGCCCACCCAGCUCCUUUCCACCUCUGAACACAAGCUGCAAAGAGCUCUCGCCAAAGCCCCUGUUGCUACUUGGG